AUGGCGGCUCUGUGGCUCCAGUCUGUCUCUCUGCUGGUCUUACUGGUCGUGUCGUGGCCGGGCUCCCAGGCCGCCACGGCCCCGCAGCACCUGUGCGGCUCUCACCUGGUCGACGCCCUCUACCUGGUCUGCGGGGACAGAGGCUUCUUCUACAACCCCAAGAGAGACGUGGACUCUCUGAUGGGUUUCCUCCCUCCGAAGGCUGGCGGAGCGGCGGCGGGCGGCGAGAACGAGGUGGCGGAGUUCGCUUACAAGGACCAGAUGGAAAUGAUGGUGAAGCGCGGCAUCGUGGAGCAAUGCUGCCACCGACCCUGCAACAUCUUCGACCUGCAGAACUACUGCAACUGAACAGCUACCAGGAGCCUAGCUUAGCCUAGCUUAGCUUAGCUUAGCUUCUUGGCUAACGUAGCCUGGAGCCCCGCCCACCUCCGACCGC